CUCUCUCUCUCAAACGCACAAAAGCAGCCACUGCUCUCUCCAUCGAAACCCUAAAAGAGCCCCAAAGUCUAAAGUAUACAUCUGUUUUUACAGAGAUGAAGAAAACGACCCAAGCCUAUCUACCUCAAGAACUGCUGUUUGAAAUCUUCAAGAGACUGCCCUUGAAAUCUUUGCUUCGGAUCAGGUCCGUUUCCAAAUCAUGGCGCUCUCUAAUCAGCAACCCACAAUUCAUAACUCUUCACAGGGAUUACAACAACAACAAUACUCACAUGUUGGUUAGUUACUACCCCUCGGAGCUCUGUGCUCUACACUAUGACAAUCCCGCAUUUGAAUUGCAUUCUGAGGCUGAAUUCCCUUUUAAUAAGCCUUACAGGUUCUAUCGGAUUGUGGGUUCUUGUAAUGGUCUGAUUUGCGUGGGAUAUAGCUGUGUCUCCUAUGCAAAUGAUUUAUUUCUAUGGAACCCUUCUAUUAGGAAAAUUGUGACCCUUCCGAAGCCUGGAAUCCCUUUUGAAUCCCAUCGUGCACUUAUGCUUGUUUUGGGAUUUGGGUUUGAUCCCAAGAGUAACGAUUACAAGGUGGUGAGAAUUGUUUAUUUUCAUGGAAGAAACGGGUUACAUAAGCUUCUGCCUAUGGUUGAGCUUUAUACGCUGAGUACUGGUACUUGGAGGGGCAUAAGUGCUGUUGUCCCUCCAUAUGUGAUUUCUAACUUCUUGUUGCAGGCUAAUGUCAAUGGUGCGGUGCACUGGAUUGCACACAAUCCGACCAAGAUUGGUGGGUUUCGUAGUUUGAUUGUGGCUUUUGACUUGAAUGAUGAGGUCUUUAAGGAGAUGAGGUUGCCGAAUGAAUUAGCCCAGGAGUAUCCAGUGGCAAUGUCUAUUGCAGCAUGUGGUGAAUUGCUUUCUUUGUUCCACUACUAUCAAAGUUCUUCUUCAAAUAGAGGCUGUAGUGUUUGGGUGAUGGAGAAGUAUGGCAUUGAUCAUUCUUGGACUAAACUUUUCAAUAUAGAAUUGUUGCAAGGAGUGGACCUAGUAUUAGGUUCCAGGAAAAAUGGUGAAUUUCUAGUGGUAACAAAAGAUGAAAAAUUAGUUUCUUAUGACCCAGAUGAUGAACAGUUUAAGGAUCUUGGAAUUUGUAGAACAUGCUCUUUCGUUUUGCGUGCAUGUUCAUUGUAUGUUAGUCCUUACAUUGAAAGCCUAAUUUUAGUUGAUAGUUCUAAUGGAGGCUUGGGUAAUGAUUCAGCCCCUGAUUUGCUGGGAGAGGAUGACAGUGAAAUCAAAGAUCGUCAAUGAUCCAUAAUGCUUGAGGCAAAAACUACCAUCAUGCUCUUUUACAAUACAAUAUCUACCAGGGAAAGGAUGUUUAAAGGAGGAAUCCAAUGAAACUAGUGAUUUUCCUUCUUGGACAACAUCAACUAAUGGGAAAACCUUCAAACGUCAACGUAAGAUAUAAUGGUGUUAAGAAGAGUAUGGCCACGCAUGGAUAGAGAUGGUUGGAAGUCGAUGAUUUAUGUGGCCGACUCCAACUAGCUAGUAGUAUUAAAGUUUGUGUUUACUGUUGUGAUGUAGUUAACAUCAACUAAUGGAGCCUUCGACGCGUCACUUAUGACAAGGAGAAUGGUGGUUUUGUUUCAAUGGAAAAUGCUAGAGAUGUUCUCUUUGUGAA